CCCCAUCUAGCCCCCAACCCCCAUCUAGCCCCCAGCAGGCCAAACCAACAGCUGAAGUUUGGGGGUCCUCAGGAGCAGCAUGUUCCCCGGGGUCCACCACUGCUGGGAGAAGAGAUGUGGGCUCAGGUGCACCAGAGGGGCUACCCAGGGAAGAUGCUCGGGGGUCAGCUGAAGAGACCGGGCCCUCCAUUGGGAGAGCACUCUGUCAUCCAGCACACUCCUCCACCCCCCAUGCACCCGUCCUCCCGCCCAGCUGCAGAGGACUGUCCCAGUCCCAACAAACGGAAAAAGAGUUCAGAUCAGGUAUCCCACCCCGGGCUGCAGCGUUUCCCUGUGCCAGGCCAGUCUUUGUUAUCUCAGCACCAGUCUUCAGCCCACCACCUCCCUCCAAAAGCUGCCUUCUGGAACCCCCUUCACAAAAACAACAGCACUCCCUGGCAGCCCCAGAUGUCCGAACGCAAACAUCCACAAUCACAGGACUUCCAGCUCAGAACAGAAAACAACAAACAAGGAAUGGGUAGCUACGCCCAGAAGUCCUCCCCUGCCUCCACCGCUUCAAACCUCUCCCCUCCACAAAACUCCACCCUGGGAAGCUACAACCAGGGAUUUGCCCCUCAGCUCCAGAAAGACGCAUUCCAACCUCAGGCUGUAAACCAGCAGUCUCCUCACUCCUCCUACCCCAGCCCAAGCUCCAAACUGGGGCUGCUGGGUCCUCACUGCCAGAGAGGCCCUCUCAUCGGGGGCCAAGGUGGUAGCCAAGCUACCUCUCACACGGCAUGCACCCCAACCAGGGGAGACAGAGAUCAACACCCACACGCCCAAUCGUCACCAGCAAACCCGCCUGCCACCACCAGCAGCAGUGUGCCUUACAGCCACUUCCAGCCUCACCCAGGGCUGGGGCACAAGGGUCCUCCUCCUGCCAGCAGCACCUCAGUACCUCAGCACCUGCAGAGUGGGCCCCAUGAGGCCUGGAGAUACCAGAGCAGGCCCAACAGUCACUCCCUCGAGUCGGGCAUCUACAGGCCUCCAGGACUGCUACCUCAGCGCCAGCAGAGCCACAAUCAGCUGGUGGACAAUCGGGGUCCUACACAGCAUCAACAUCAUGUCCUCCCCCCUCUACCCCUAACCAACUCCACCCGGACACCGGUCAUCACCGCCAACCUUCCCACACCCCAGUCAUCGUGCUCCAUCGGUGGUUACGGCAACAACAGGAGCUCUACUGGUGUAACCAUGGUUGCUGUGUCCACGGUGACCACAUCACCCCCUGCUGGUUGCCCUGUGAACAAUGGCAGCAGUAACAGCAGCUGGCAGAGAGGAAGAGAGCCGGCACCCCUUACCUCCACCCGUGGCAUCCCUGGCCCCACCCCUCAGCUGGAUGCUCUGCUGCAGCCAGGAUGUCAGAGAGGCCAAGCUGCCCCCGGCAACCAGCCUUACCAUCAACAGGGACCCAACAAGGCCCGGCCACUGAAGGGGAAGACGUCAUAUUACGCUCAGGCAGAACUGGAGAACCCUCCAUUUUCUUCAUCCUCCUCUCUGUUCUCCUCAGGACACCAGAGGACAGGGGACAGUGUGAUCACAAGCAGACUUUCAAACCCUCUUCCAAGCUCUCCUCACACGUACCGCUCAGCCCCGCGCUCCACGGCAGCUCAGCCCUCCCACCCAGCCCACCCAGCCCACCCAGCCCUCUCCUCCAGACCGGCUCAUCAGUCACAGUAUGCCCUGCCUCAGGCGUACCCCCAGCCUCAGCUCCCUCCCCCCGCUCCGGUCUCUGUCCCUCAGUCCAUCGAAGAGGCUCUAGACAAACUUGAUGCAGAGCUGGAGGGUCACAUGCAAGCUGAAGAGAGGAGGAGCAGGGACAGAGAGGAUCAAGUGAGGAAACUGAGAGAAGAGGAGAGGCGGAAGAAAGAAUGGGAAAUGAGACAAAAGCGUGACGAGGAGAGAAAGAGGAAAGAGCUGGAGAGGCAGGAAGAGGAGAGGAAGCAGAGAGACCAUGAGAGACAAGAGGAGGAGAGGAGAAGGAGAGAAUGGGAGAGACAGGAGCAGGAGAGGAAAAGGAGGCAAGAUGAAGAGAGGAGGAAGAGAGAAUCUGAGAUGCUCGAGGAGGAGAGGAAGAGGAGAGAGUGGGAGAGGCAGGAAGAGGAGAGGAAAAAGAGAGAAUGGGAGAAAAAGGAGCAAGAAAAGGAGAGGAGAGAGUGGGAGAGGCAAGAGGAGGAGAGCAAAAGAAGAGAAGCAGAGAAGCAGGAGCAAAAGAAGAGAGAGCUGGAGAGGCAGGAUGAAGAACAUAGAAAACAGAGGGAGUCGGAGAGGAAGAGGAUGGAGAAGAGGAGGGAGGAGGAGCUGUGCUGUGCCAAAGGCAAAGAGCAGACUGCAAUGGAGAAUCUGGAGAGACUGCUUUCCCCCCCCCCUCGUCUCUCUUCUGUUACUGCUCCUCCUUCAGGUCCCUCGCCCCCCAGUGCCCAGACGUCACCCCCUUACCCCUGGCUCAGCCGUGGGGGUGUGCUCCCCGCACCACCAGCACUGACACCCCCCACCAUCACUCCAGUAGAAAGGCUGCGGCCGCCCCCUCUUACACCUCAGACGGAGUAUGCCAGAGAGAAGCAGAGGCAGAGGGAGAUGUGGAGCAACAAUAGCGGAACCACAUUCAGUCCCUCAUUAACACACAAUACCUCAGGGAUGAUGUACCCCCACAAGCCCCCGGCUAUGCAAGCCGCGCCCAACCAAUCCAAAGACUCAGUCAGGGAGCGAGAGAGCAGCGUACCCUCUCUCCCCGCCUUGGCCCUCCGAGAACCCCCCAAACUGUAUCAGGCCUUUCCCAGAGAGAAGCUCCCCCCACCUCUAUCCUCCAGCUCCAUGAAGGGAAUCCUCAACAAGCCCGUGACAGGAAGUGGUUUGGAAACGGGCACAGACUCUGCCCAGUUUGAGGAGGAGCCCUCCGAGAUGUCCACCCUGCUCCCUGAUGGUCUGGCCAACAUAAUGGCCAUGCUGGAUGAAUCCAUCCAAAAGGAAGAGGAGAUGUAUAACAGCGAAAAGACAGGGUCCACAGGUCUUCUUGACAACUUUAAUCCUAGUGUCCAGCCUAUCAAGAGCUACCUGUGUGCCCCAGACCUCAUUCCAGCAUUGAAGCACCAGCCCAGCCAGGAAGACUUUGGAUCAAAUCCGCACGCUAGCCCCCCCGUGCUCAGUCGCCAAGGCUCUCUGGCUUCCCCUUGCAGCCGGACGUCUUCUCUGAACGAGGAGGAUGAGGAUUACCAUAAACCUUCAAAUGUCCCUCUGAACCAUAAGCGGUCAGCGGACACGGGAGUGGGGAACACCAAUUACCGCCACAGUGACCUGGCUAAACUAUAUGGCCUCCCUGAGCAGAUUAAAAGUGAGGCUGAUGAGGAGGAUGAUGAAGAUGAGUCUGAGACACCAUCUUGUUCUCCACCACCUCAAAGACCCCACCUCCAUCAAACUGGUGUAAACAGCAUGUUCAAAUCCCUAGCAACAGUCCUAGAGAGUCAGAAGUAUGCUUACCGUGGUGGGCCUUUUGGGAGACCACCUCCCUCGGCUCUGCUCGGGGUCAAAUAUUCCUCUUCACUGUCGCUGGGCCCGGAUAUCUGUUGCCAGCAGCAAGGCAGCUCUCCCACUUCAGAUCCAAACAAUCCACCAUUCAGUCCCGCUGUCCCACCUCUGAAGUCCUCCCCCCCUCCACUAGAAGACAAGAAACUCCAAAUAGAGGACGCUGAUGUCUGGAGAGACGACGGAGGUUCAACAGAAGACGGAAUGAACUCCAACAAAAAGGAGAGUAUUUCUAUCAUAAACCCGAUCAAGGUGGUGAAGAAGGAGCGGCAGCUGACGACCAUCUCCGAGUCUUCUCUGGCUGAGUUGGGCAAAAGCUGCGAGGUCAUGCUUAGUCGACAGUCACUUCCUAACAAGAACUCUGUGGAUAAAUCCGAUAGCCAUGUGAAAGUGGAGGACAGACACAAACCUGAGAAAGUGAAAGAACACCGAGACAAAGACAGGCACAGGGAUAGAGAAAGGGAGAAGGAUAAGAAGAGGAAGCACGGCCACAGUAGCAGCAGGAAGCAUGAAGACAGGAAAGAAAAGAAGAAGCAUAGAGAAAAGAGAGAGGAGAUGGCCUUGUCCUCUUCUUCAUCAUCAUCAUCCUCCACUCAUUGCAGCUCCAGCCACAAGCGGCACAAGGAUGGCAAGAAGGAAAAGAAGGACCGCAGAAUUCUCUGCGACCUCAACCUCCAGAGCAAGGACGGCUCUGAGAAGAAUCGGGAUCAUUAUGACACAGAAAAAACAAAGGCUGACGGAGCGUCCGGCACCAGCUCCGCCAGUGAAGGAGAGCAUCCUGAAAGGUCUUCUGAGGACAGGAAAGACUCUGAAUCGGGUUCUUCACUGGGUUCAACAGACUUCUUGAAACUGAAGGCGCUGUCGGACGGGCCGCCCAAAGAGCUGAAGAUCCGCCUCAUCAAGGUGGAGAGCGGGGACAGGGAGACGUUCAUUGCCUCUGAGGUGGAGGAGAAGAGGAUCCCACUGGAGGAAAUCACCAUUAAGAACAGUGCCAGUGAGAUCAUCAGGUCCUGCAAGGGAGCCAGAGUGAAAGACAAGUUCCGGGAGUCCUUUCUUCUCCCAGCCUUCUCUGUGAAGCCCGUCAUGCCAGACGAACCCAUCCCCAGAGAGAAACUCAACCCUCCUACACCCAGCAUCUAUUUGGAGAGUAAGAGGGACGCCUUCUCCCCUGUGCUGCUGCAGUUUUGUACUGACCCCAACAAUCCUGUUACUGUCAUCAGAGGCCUGGCUGGAUCCUUACGACUCAACCUGGGCCUGUUUUCUACAAAGUCACUGGUUGAAGCCAAUGCAGAGCAGUCGGUGGAGGUGAGGACUCAGGUGCAGCAGCCCGCUGAUGAGAACUGGGACCCCAGUGGGACGGGUCAGUCAUGGCCCUGCGAGAGCAGCCGCUCCCACACCACCAUCGCCAAAUAUGCCCAGUACCAGGCAUCCAGCUUCCAAGAGAGUCUUCAGGAGGAGAAAGGCAGUGAUGACGAGGAUGAUGAAGAUGAGAAGGAGAAGCAGCCAUCCACCAGCUCGGAUGCUCCAAGCAAGGACAUCUCUAAAGAAAGCAGCAGUGCUGAGCAGAAAGCAGUUGGGAAGAUUAUCAAGUUUGGCACCAACAUUGACCUCUCAGAUCCCAAGAGGUGGAAGCCCCAGCUUCAGGAGUUGCAGAAGCUGCCAGCAUUUAUGCGUGUAGCAUCCAGCGGAAAUAUGCUGAGUCAUGUUGGACACACCAUACUCGGGAUGAACACAGUCCAGCUCUACAUGAAGGUCCCAGGGAGCCGGACGCCAGGUCACCAGGAGAACAAUAACUUUUGCUCUGUGAACAUCAACAUCGGCCCUGGAGACUGCGAGUGGUUCUCUGUCCAUGAGAACUACUGGCAGGCCAUCAAUGACUUCUGUGCAAAGCAUGGCGUGGACUACCUGACAGGGUCCUGGUGGCCGGUGCUGGAGGACCUCUACAAAGCCAACAUCCCCGUGUACCGCUUCAUCCAGCGGCCGGGGGACUUGGUGUGGAUAAACGCUGGAACUGUUCACUGGGUUCAGGCCGUGGGCUGGUGCAACAACAUCGCCUGGAACGUCGGACCCCUCAAUGCUUACCAGUACCAGCUGGCCCUGGAGCGGUUUGAGUGGAACGAAGUAAAGAAAGUCAAAUCCAUCGUCCCCAUGAUUCAUGUGUCCUGGAACGCGGCCCGCACUGUCAAGAUAACCGACCCAGACACCUUCAAGUUGGUCAAACACUGCCUACUGCAGUCCAUGAAGCACAUCCAGAUCCUGCGUGACCAGCUGGUGGUCUUAGGAAAGAAGAUUUCCUAUCAGAGUCGGGUCAAGGACGAGCCCGCCUACUACUGCAACGAAUGUGACUUGGAGGUAUUCGAUUUGUUGUUUGUGACAAGUGAGAGCAACAGCCGAAAGACAUAUGUGGUUCACUGUGAGGAGUGCGCACGUCAGCGUAGCCCAAACCUGAACAAUGUGGUGGUGCUGGAGCAGUACCGCAUGGAGGAGCUCAUGACCACAUACGACUCCUUUAACCUGGCCUCCUCCCGGUGACAGAGAUCCUCUCCUGCGUCUCCUCAGCCAUAACCAAAACUCCUGCAAGCCAGGAAAAAAGACACAGGUUCACUUUGGUUUUCAACUUACCCUUUCAUUUUUGCUACUACUUGCCGAACAGCCAGUUGAAUACGUUUACUCAUCAUUACUGUUUACAAAAAGAAAAUACCAAGCCGCCAAUAAAUACCAGUUUACUCUCAGAUGGUGCUUUGAGCCAGACGCCCUGGUCACAUAGGAACCCAGGGGGCAGGUGGUGCUGCCGGUGAACAAACUGCGAAGGGUAGUUGGUGCAUUUCUGUUGUAUUGAAUACUGACAUUUGUACAUGCUGUUUGCAAUUUUUGUGGGGUGCUGUCUUUUUUUAAAUAAUUUAUUGUUUUGUUGUUUUCUAAAACUAGAUCAGCCUAGAUAUAUACCACAUUGGCCUUGUAUUUAGAAAAGAGAGAAAAUGACAAAUACUAAUAAUAAAGAUAUGAACAUUUUUCUAAAGCAUUAAGAAUUUAAAAAAAUACAAAUGUUUGGAAUGCUUCAAAACAUACGGGUUUUAACGACUUUCGUUGUUUUGGGGGGGAUUUCAUUUUGUCUUUCAGAUUCUUGUAUGUAAUGUAAAUCUUGUGUUUGUAUUUCCUCAAUCACUUGUCAGGUCUUUUUUUUAUUUCUGUAUGGAUACUCUUUGAAGGAAGACAAAACUCAUUACCAUCUGGUGUUGUGUGUUUUACUUCCGAUUGUUUUGGUCCAAUUUGCAGAAUUUGGAUUCAUUUACUUUUUGGCAUUGUACAUUUAAUUUAAAAUGUUUUCUCUAUUUAUUGGAUAUUAAUGUUCUCCCUUUUUAAUAGGGUUGUACAAGGUUGCGAUUUUUGUUUCUUCUUAUUUUUUUAUAGUGACCGAUUGCUCUGUAAGAAUUGAAACGUGGGGGUUGUGUGUCCACAGGAGUGGAGGUUGCUGUUUGUCUGGUGCUUGCCUCUAUUGACUCCUGGUAUAUAUUAUAUAAUAUCUUUAUCCUGAAAAUAACACCACCUUUCCUGUAGACGAUAGGCACACUGCUCACGUAGAGAACAUGACUAAUGGAAUGCUGUGUUUGUAUGCUCAUUGAGGAAAAACAGUUUUUUCCAAAUUGUUUUUAGAAAUGGUAAUUUUUUGUUUUCAUUAUGUAGGGGGCUUUUAGACAAGAUUUUAUGAUAUUAUAUGUUGAAUAUGAUAACGGGAUAGAUGGUGCUAAAUGUUCAAUUUGAACAACUCUUUUUCUGUUUAUCUUCUUAAAAUGAGAAUUCUAUUUUUACUGUUGCAAUAUUACCUUACCUUUUCUUCUCUUUGUGGUCAUUUAUUUAUAACUGCACUGUUUAGAGAAUUCACAGACACACACACACACCAAACUGAGCCAGACAUGUCUUAAACACUUGUGAAUUUGUGUGACAUUAAAAUGACAAUUAAUAAAAAAUGCUUUUUGAUAAAUCCA